GAGAGAGAGAGAGAGUAGGGAGAGAGAAAUGGAAGGAAUAUACGGAGCAGUGAUGGAGGAGAUAUGGCGGUACACGGGGCUGUCACCGACGGCCUUCUUCACAAUCGCCGGGAUGAUGGUCGUGGUUUACAGAAUAGUCACUGGCAUGUUUGUGGAUCCCGAAGACUUCAACCAGCCUCCGGUGGCGGCCACCAUCAACACCGUCGAUCCUAUUUCCAAAUCCAAUUUUGUGAAUAAAUACUUCAAUUCCACGGGGGCGGCGAGAGGCUCGUCGGUACAAAUGGGAGACAUGACGGAGGAGCAGCUGAGAGAGUACGGCGGGUCUGACCCCAACAAGCCGCUGCUUAUUGCCAUCAGAGCUCAGAUCUACGACGUCUCUUCCUCCAGGAACUUCUACGGACCAGGUGGACCGUACGCCAUGUUUGCUGGAAGGGAAGUUAGCAGAGCGCUGGCUCUUCUGUCUUUUAAACCCCAAGACAUAAACGGCAACCUCGAAGGUCUCGGGCCUGAUGAACUUGGCAUAUUACAGGACUGGGAAGAGAAGUUCAUCGAAAAAUAUGACAAGGUCGGGCGGCUUGUAACAGAGCUGAGGAUGAAUUCUGAUGAGUAAACCGAGGACGGUGGAGAUGAAGCUCAACCGGAGGCAAAUGGACAGGCACAACAGAACCAACCUUAUGCAGUGGUCGUUGAUACUUGUUGGAUUAUGUCCCGUUGAAUCCCCAACAUUGGGAUGAUGGAUUGCUAGGGUUUCCUUCUUUUCCUAAUCCUGUAUGUGCAUAGUAUAUGUAUCACUUGUUAGUUAUACGAUGCAGCAAAAUGUCACCGAGAAAUUAUUGUAGUAGAUGUUUACAGUGGAAAUUCAUGUUAGCGGUUAUAGUUGCCAUGAUGUUUCCGGCAAUCAAGUUAGGGUUUAGUUUAUGAAAUAUGGAGUUUAACAGAAUGAAUUGAGGCCUUGCCUCCAAAUAAAAGACAACAUAAUGGACGCUUUCUUUUGUACAAACA